UAAAGAAAUAAAAGCUUUAGAAAACUUUGCUAAAGAACAUAAUAGUAAAGCUCCUGAUGAAAAAGCAUACAUUGAACGUGCCCUGUGUCUUCUGUCACCUUUGCCUUUCGUAGAAGAAUCUAAAAGAGUUUUAAUAGAACUUUACAGUAUUCUAGUUGAAGGCGGAGAAUAUUCUUUGGAGGCUUAUAUAUGCUCUUUGUUUUCUAAAGACUCUUAUUCUCAAUUUAAAAGCGUCGUUACUGUUUACUUUCCGACUCCGAUAUCAUUUUGCAACAUGGAAGAUGAAUUUCCUCUGUUUACCUUUAGUCUAGUUCCAGUUUUUAGGCAUCUUCCCCCGAAAAUGUUUAUUAAAGUUCUUUCCUGCUGUUUGAUGGACGGGCGGCUUCUAGUACUAUCGAGUGAUAUGGAGCUUCUUGGCAUCUUUAGCGAAUCAGUCUUGGCAGCGAUGUAUCCUUUUCGAUGGUGCCACGCUUAUGUUCCUGUACUCCCUCAAAAGAUGCUUUACUUUCUGGAGGCUCCCGUUCCAUUUAUUAUGGGCGUCGCUUCUACAUUGCCAGACACUUUCGACAAACUUUGCGAGGAUGUCGUGGUGGUUGAUCUUGAUCGAGGAGCCAUUGUGAAAAAUGAAAAGUCCGUCUCUGUUUUUCCUGAACUACGGUCCGUCGCACGGGAUAUACAGCAACUUCUACUGACGCCCACAACCAACGCGGACCCCACAAAAAGCAUUCGCACCUUACUAGCGGAAGCAUUCGCCUCUCUUUUUGUCGGCUACGAGUGCUACUUGCUGGACAACAGUGGCGAAAAGGGAAAAUUAAAGUUUGAUUCUGUUUCAUUUCUAUCUGAUCUCGGAAAAGACACCGCAGAAAUUAUGCAAAAGUUUCUAAAAACACAGUCUUUCGCCUAUUGGCUGGAUACUAGGAGACAGGCCUCAAAGGCGUCCCCUGCCAAUCCGUCUCUGUGGAGUAUACAGUACUUUGAAGGGCUCGUGAAGCAGAAAGAGCAAAGGCUGCAGCCAUGCACCACAUUGCGCUCGAGUCGGAAAAAGCGUGCUUGUGGGAAGCCCAGCACACAGUCAAACGUCUAUCCUCAAUACUAUUCGUCAUUCUUUGGCGAGGGCCAGGCAGACAGGGUUAACGACUUUGUCGACAUCAACUUCACUAAAAUACUGGACUUGACCUGCACGUUUUUUCUGUCCAAUGAGAAGCACCAAGAGCAUUCAAUCAUGUCCACUCACAAGGAAGAACCACAUGGCCAAGAGCCUUCAGAAUCCUUUUCUGGUGUUUCUGCGGAGGAAUUGUUUAAAUUUUUAGAAUCAGUGAUUGCCGAUAUUUGCUUUUCAUAUAACGAACGGCUUGAGAAUUCCCGGAGAGUCGGUGAUGCAACCAAAAUAGAGACGGACGCAGUCAGUUCUUCAUCGAGUCUUUCGCUGAACCCUGAACAUUUCGGCCCACCAGCCAAUUCAGAAUUAGAUUACGUCACAUGCUUUCAAACAAGCCACGAGGAGUCCUCCUCGCUCUGCGACUCGCCUCGUACAACCUCGAAAGGUGUCCUGCCUGCAGAAGAAGAGUAUGCGAGCUUUAACAAGAAAGUUCAGAAUGGAAUCGUCAGGCUUUGCGUCGUAAUAGAGUAUAUAUUCAACCACGGAAAGAUCGGAGACUUUGACCAAUCAACUUUUGGCCAAUUGCUGUGGAAGUGCUCUUUAUCUCACGCCACCGAGCUUAACGAAGAUAUCCGCAGAAUACGCUCCUUGCACGAAGUCACUUCUUUUAUCGGGCGGGGAAGGGCGUUUAUGAAACUCAGUAUAGAAAAAGGCAUUCUUCAUAACCAUAUGAACACGCUGCUUCUAAAUAUUGAGCUCUUACAAGGGCUUUAUGAACCGCAUGCUAUGAUUUUAGAUAAAAACUUAGUGGACAGACUAAUGGCAAUUAUUAGCACCAUUCGACUCUGCGACUGCUCCUGCUUUAGUGAGAAGUACUACGCUCGUGACUUGACUUCAUGGUACUGCCUACACGUGACUACUGGCCGAGGAUUGACGGCCGCCACGACCGCCGCUGUUUUCUGUGCUCUUCAGGGGGAAGGCGGGAAAGGUUCGGAAGUUUUUCUGUUAAAAAGGGCUCCUAAAUCCUUUAAGCGAGGGGAAACGAGUCAGUUUAUCAUACACACCCCUUGGCUCGGUCCCAUAAAGCGACUUUUGAUCGGCCACAAUAACGGCGGCACCUUUCCGGGUUGGUUCCUGGAGGACGCCUAUGUAGAGCACGUGGUUACAGGGAUAGUCUAUUAUUUUCCAAACAAAGAGUGGCUUGCUGAUGAUGAGGGAGACCGCAAAAUCACUAGACGUCUCCGCUCUGCAGUUUAUGAAGUAAAGGACAAUGAAGGCUUUGUUAUUGCAAGGAUCCCACUCCGUUUAACAUCUUUUAAUCUCCAGAAGUCUGGUUUAAUUAGACGUUUGUGGAUUCCUGGAAAAACCGAUUUUCCUCUGCGCUAUAAAUCCCCCGACUUUGAUUUGAAAAGUUCGGUAUACAGCAAGUUAAAUAUUCCAUAUUGUCGUAAGACGGCCUUGCACGUAUGCUCUUAUAAGCGCUCAAGUAGUGCCGAAGUAACGUUAUCCUCUAGAGAUGAAAUUUCUGAACAGCGUAAGCCCUCUUUUCAGAAAGCCCUUCUUAAUCUUCGGGACCUCAAUGUUACUGUCUUCCAAUUACUGGACCUAACUUCCCGAAGCGAAGAACUUGAGUGGAGGGCCGAAUCCCUUUUUUCUGAAAAUCUCUUGACUUCUUUAGUAAGCAUUCUGUACACCUGCCUUUCCCAGGGGCUCAUUUCCAACAGAGGCAUUUUCCGUUCAAAAUUAUAUUUAUGGAACUUUCUUUGUGUUUUAAGUCCUGAAAACUGCAUUUUGAAUAAUGCGGAGAUUAAAGCUUGCUGGGAGAAGCUUUCAAUUCUGUUGAACGCUUCUUCGGAAAUCAAAUCUAAGGACUGCUGCUACAGUCUGUUUUCCUGGACUAUUUACUACUCCAUAAAGAAAAAUUGGCUUCGCUGCUGGUUGAUAAUUAUCACAAGCGAUCCUAAAAAAUUUGAUUAUUACGAUCAAUCAGUCCAUUGCUUAAUGCUUGAUAAAGCAAUGUGUAACGAUUUAGUAAAUUCUUGCGGGAAGCUCGACAACCGAAAUAUCCUUGUUCCUUCCGAUUUAAUUGAUAUAAUAAAAGAAUUUAUUUAA